AUGAUUAUAUCAAUAGAACAAACAGAUAAUGGAAUUUCAAUUUGUAAAUAUUGUCCUCAAGAUCGACCAUCUAAAUUUGGAGCAAAAACUGCUACAUCCACUAUGUUCCGUCAUUUUCAAACAAAGCAUCCAGAUACUUAUACUGAAAUGCAACAACGAGGACUUAGAGUUAGAUCUAAUACUCCAUAUACUCAAUUAAGCAGGCAACGUAGAGAUGAAAUAGAUAGAUCAUUUCUUCGUUGGAUAGUAAUUGAUCAGCAAUCUUUUAUGGUGACAGAAAACAGUGCAUUUCAGCUAUUUCUUUCUAAGCUGAAUUUACAAUAUCGAUUACCUUGUAGACAAACUUUGUCAAAAAGUGUAAAGGAUGAAUUUA